AAUUGGCGCAAUAUUAAAUAGCAUUUUGCUCUGGCCUGACAAUACUUUGAAAGGCUAUCAGUAAAUAUUUAUUGCCUACAGAGAAGUGAUGGUAAGUAUGGCUCAAAAAAACUGAAAUUGAAACUUUUUACUUCCCUCAGUGAAUGAAUCAUGUAUGAAGCUCUGAGAGUGGUGGAUUUGUUCAGAAGUGUCCUGCCCCUCACAGGACAGCUACAUUUUUGGGCCUGGGCAAAGAAAUGCACUAAACUUCACUAAAAUGGCCUAAAUAUAUCCAUGACAGAGAGAAUAUAGCACAGGAAACAGAAAGUGACACGGAAGAGGACUAAAACAGAAAUGAUGGAGAUGCCUGGAAAAGGGACUAGUGUCAGGGGAAGCUGCAUGGAGGAUCUACAGGACAUUAUCGCUGUGUUUGGGACUGAUGCUUAAGAAAAUCCACUGGAAAUUAGAUUCUACUGCCGGGUUACACUGUGAACCAUCAGUGCCUUCUCCUGCCCACACUUCCUGAGAGAGGGGAAAAGUCCAGGGUGGAAGGCAGAUAUAGAUGCCUAAAAUAUAUAUAUAGACUUCCUCAGAUCUUUUUGGAAUAGUGAGCUGUUUGUGAUUUGACAGUAAAAUAUCUGGAAUGCUGAGCUCAUUGUUUUGGGAACCAGUGUAAAUGUAGUUUUGGUCUUAAUCUUUUGUAUGAAGUGCAUUUUAGUUUUUGUUUUUAGUAAUAUUUUAAUCUUUGAAUCAAUAUUUGAAUCUUUCAAUCUUGUUUCAGUCAGUGAAAGCUGCCCUAAUCUAAUUUGUCACAUUGAUCUGUCAAGUUUUGUCUACUCUGCUAAUGCACUGCACCAUGUGCACUGUUGCUCAGCUAUUUCUUUAGUUUUUUUGCGAUCAAAAGAGGAAUUUUGUGUAAUUAUAUUUUAUGUAAUUUAUUUUUUCAUUGUAGUCGACAAAAUUCUCACUCGUGAAAAUGAGGAGAGGGAUGUGGACUUCUAAUGGAGCAUUUGGCUGGAUGUGAUUUAUGUUUUUUGAAAAUAUUGUCAUCAUUAGAGGGAUUGUAAGCAUCACCACAGGAUUCUGUUCUGCUUUCGGACCUUUGACUGCAGAAACUGCGGCUUGCACAAUUAAACUGUCCUGGUGCAAGAGCAUUGUUGAUAAUUUACCCUUGCAAUGCUGGCAACUGCUUGACCAGUGACAUGCUCUCUAUCUGACUACUGGGGCCCGGGGCGAUCACAGGGGCUGCCAUGGAAACCAGUAGUACAUAUGACAACAUGACUGGGCUGACACAUGAUUGGCCUGUCCAAACGUCCUCAUUCUGCCAGCAAUUUGAGUGUGUUGAUGGGGUAGGAAACUAUGAUAUUGUAAAUAAUGUCGUCAUUCCAGCCCCAGGAGCAGCAGAUCCCAGAGGCCAGAAUUCUCUGCGGCAGAGCUGGGAAAUGAACUACCAAGAAGCAGCAAUAUACCUGCAGGAGGGAGAGAAUAAUGACAAGUUUUUCACUCACCCGCGGAAUGCCCAAGUGCUCAGCGCCUACCUGUUUGCUCAUAAUCAUCUCUUCUAUGUGAUGGAGCUGCUGACUGCAGUGUUACUCAUGCUGCUAUCCCUCUCUGAAGCUCCUGCUGUCCCCUUCCUUCGCCUGGAUGUCUAUGUCCAUGCUACACUGGAGUUGUUGGCAUUGGUGUUGGUGGCCUUUGAGUUGUGUAUGAAGCUCCGAUGGCUUGGGUUUCACACCUUCAUACGACAUAAGAGGACCAUGGUGAAGACAUGUGUCCUGUUUAUUCAGUUCAUCGAGGCGAUCGUGGUCUUAGUUCGACAGACUUCCCACCUGCGUGUAACGAGAGCCCUGCGGCCGAUUUUUUUGGUGGACUGUCGUUAUUGUGGAGCUGUGCGAAGAAACCUAAGGCAGAUUUUUCAGUCCCUUCCUCCCUUCAUUGAUAUUCUCCUGCUCCUGCUUUUCUUCAUGGUUAUCUUUGCCAUACUAGGAUUCUGUCUGUUCUCUGCCAACACAGCCGACAAUUAUUUUAGAACACUGGAGGACAGCAUUGUGAGUCUAUUCGUCCUUCUGACCACCGCAAAUUUUCCAGACGUGAUGAUGCCAGCAUAUUCAAAGAGUCGUUGGUCAUGCAUUUUCUUCAUUGUGUAUCUUUCCAUCGAGCUCUACUUCAUCAUGAAUCUGCUCCUGGCGGUUGUUUUUGACACUUUUAAUGGAGUUGAGAAGAUGAAGUUCAAAUCUCUGCUUCUACACAAGCGAUCUGCCAUUGAGCAUGCCUUCCAGCUGCUGGUUAGUCGACAGAGACCAGGUGGAGUGUCCCUGAAACAGUUUGAUGGACUCAUGCGAUUCUAUCAUCCACGAAUGACAGCACGAGAUCGUUUCCUCACCUUCAAAGCCCUCAACCAAUCAGGGGCAACCAUGCUGAGCCUUGAGGACUUUUAUAAGUUUUAUGAAGUCAUCGGGCUCAAAUGGAAGGCUAAACGGAUUGGAGAGCACUGGUUUGAUGAUUUUCCUCGUACUGCAUUCCUCAUUUUCAAAGGAAUCAAUUUACUCGUGAAAUCUAAAGCUUUCCAAUAUGCAAUGUAUCUGGUAGUAGCAAUUAAUGGCAUUUGGAUCCUAGUGGAGACAAAUACGUUUCACGAUGGGGUCUCUUGGAAUCGGGAUGUCCCUUUUAGUUACAUUAUUUUCCUCACAAUUUAUGGAACAGAGGUCUUAUUGAAGAUCGCAGGCCUUGGUCUUAUGACAUAUUUCAGCUCAGGAUGGAACCUCUUUGAUUUCUCAGUAACAGUUUUUGCCUUUCUGGGAUUGAUUGCUCUGGCCUUUGACAUGGAGCCAUUCUAUUUCAUCGUGGUGUUGAGACCUCUUCAGCUUCUCCGGUUGUUUAAAAUUAAGCAGCGUUAUCGUAAUGUUCUGGACACAAUGUUUGAACUGUUUCCGCGAAUGGCCAGUCUAGGUCUGACUCUCAUUAUCUUCUAUUAUUCCUUUGCCAUUGUUGGAAUGGAGUUUUUCGCUGGUGUUGUUUAUCCAAACUGCUGCAACAACAGCACUGUUGCUGACUCGUAUCGUCAGAUUAAUGUAACCGUUGGCAACCAGACAAAGCUGGAGGAGGGAUAUUACUAUCUCAAUAACUUCAAUAAUAUCUUGAGCAGCUUUGUCACGCUGUUUGAGCUAACAGUGGUAAACAACUGGUACAUCACUAUGGAGGGUGUGACAUCACAAACUACCCACUGGAGUCGUCUGUAUUUCAUGACCUUUUACAUUGUUACCAUGGUUGUCAUGACGAUAAUUGUAGCCUUCAUACUGGAUGCGUUUGUCUUCAGGAUGAACUACAGUCGGAAGAACAGAGAGCCUCUGGGCGACCCAGAAGAUGAAAAGGGGAUUGUAUUUGAGACAGAGGUCUCUCAGACCGAAGCUGUACACACUCUGGACUUGUAUAAACACACAUUUGGUGUCACCAAUCUGAGCUCACUGCAGGACAUGUGUGUUGCGCUGGAGCGGAGUGGGCACUCAUCAUUAGUGUUUCUGGGUCGAAGGUCACGUACCAAGAGUGACCUCAGCAUGAAGAUGUAUGAGGAAGAGAUUCAGGAAUGGUAUGAGGAAUAUUCCAGAACAAACCUUCAGACUGAUGAGACAUUCCAUAGAGAUCUGGACAGUCCUGAAGCCAGUGCAACAGACAGCAUUAACUAACUAACUUGCACAUACUCUGAAAACAGCAACAGCAUUAACUAACACCCUCACUCGUACCUCUGGGGGACCUUGGGACCAUCCUCCUCCCGUUAAUGGAAAGUGCAGGUGCUCGCCAUGAAAACACUGGCGUUCACCAUGCCAUCUCAGUUGACCUUCCUUCCACAUGGAGACCCAUAGAACUUCUUCACUUUAAGCCUUAUUCCCCCAAAUUCUUAAGGUUCUGUGGCCAUUCAGGGAAGCUUGAAGACCAAUCAUAUGAGAUGCACUACAUCCAGGAACCUUUUUCUUCCAAGAAAUGCACCUCAUGAUAUUUGCCUUGUGUUGGAUGACCCUGAAUGAUUCAGACUCUCUUAUGGAUUUGACAAAUGGAGAGCAGCGAUGGAAGGUUUCUGUGGCUGAUGAAUCGGAACUGAAUGUGAGGAUUUUAACACUAAGUGACUUGCGAUUCAGAUAAAAGAUAAUAAUAAUAAACUAAUGGUGUUUUUAAAUGAAAGCUGAUUUUUGCUGGAACCUUGGGACCUAAAGAGAGGCUUAUUUAAUCAUAAUAUAUAAAAUAGAUAUACAUGCAAAUUAAACAUACUGUCAGCACUAAAGCCACACUUAGAAAUGUAUGAAUGUUUUUGCAGUAUACAAAAUAUCAAACCAAGUGGCAAUUAUUUUUAAAGAAAUAUAGUACAAACAAAGCAAAACAUUUCACAAAAAGAAGUUAGGUUUGUAAGGUUUCUAAUGAUAAAACAAUAGAUAUAUUUUUUUUUAAAUUAAGAAGAGAAGUAUUUGACCAAUUUCUUGUGGGAACAUGUCCAUAAUUGAUGUGAUGAAAAACACAUUAAAAAAUUCCAGCAUAAUUUGUUUGCAUAUCCCACUUUGUUUGAGAUUUUAUAUCAAUGCACUAAGGUUUUUAGUCACUUUUAAGUGUGCAAGAAGUUUUUGGGGCCAUUGUAUGUUAUUGGCUUACAGAAGAUGCAGCUGAGAGUCAAGUAUUUCAAGCACUGUUUUGACACAUGCACUGAUAGGUCAAUAUGGGUUGGUUUUCCAGACACGCCUUAAUCUUGGACGUAUAUGCUAGGAAUGUCUUGGAAACUGGUCCUACACCUUUCAGUUUAUUCAAAUUUUUGUGUUAUCACCCAAAGAGAUUAUUAUUAUUUUUUUAAAGUCAGUAUUGUUUUACAAAUAAAUUGUAAAGCUUAGAGUCAUAUUUGAUCCUUUAUUAUGUAAUCCUCACCCUCAAGAGGUCUUCUGUUUGUGCGGGAUCCAGUUCAUAUAAAAUCUAGUCAAAAUCACAGUUGUAUUCCACCCUUAUCCUACCAUCCUAGAAAGUCUGUGGAUGAAAAUCUGUUCCCAAACCUAAAUUUUCCUUGGUGUAAACUGUAGUGGUUCAGGAUGAUUAUGACAAGGUUAACAAAUUAUUUGGUCUCUCUGAUGGUUUUACACUAGUGCUUUAAAAUAUUUUAUGUUAUUUAUUUACAUUAAGAUAAACAAUUGUUUAGCUGAAUUGUAUGAGUGAUUUUUUUUAUGCCUUUAACAAAGGGUGAGGGAAGAAAUAUGAAAGCUCAUAAAUGAUUGUCUACUCUGUUGUCUAGAGAAUCUGGCCUAUAGUGUGUUAAUGAGGGUCAUUGCUACACAGCUUUCAUCCUAGUUGGGUGUUAAAUUGCACAGAGCUGUGCAGCCAAUCUGCUUUUGAAGGGAACAUGAUGCAAGCAAUUUGUGACACAAGACACACCAGCUCCUCUCAUACUGUAGGCUUUACCUGAGUCUCAGUUCCCUGUGCUUGUUGUUUUUGUACAUGUACAAUAAUUCCACAUAUCGAGAAAAUAAUUUGUUUUAAUAAAACUUCUUUGGAUAUUGUUCAUUAA